AUGGGCGGCGGCGCGGGCGAUCCUCCUGUUCAUCCGGCGGCGGCCUUCCGUGUGGACCGGGCGCUGCAGGCGCUGGGCUUCGAGUUCACCCGCGUCACCGCCGAGGAGGUGGUCGGCCGCCUCCCCGUCACCGAGACCUGCUGCCAGCCGUUCGACUGGCUCAACGGCGGCGUGUCGGCGCUGAUGGCGGAGGUGACGGCCAGCAUCGGCUGCUACGUCGCGUCGGGGUACCGGAGGCUCGCCGGGGUGCAGCUCUCCAUCAACCACGUCGGCCCCGCGCGCCUCGGCGACCUCGUCCAGGCGCGGGCCACGCCAAUCCAGCUCGGCCGCAAAAUCCAGGUUUGGGAGGUCCAGAUAUGGCAGAUUGAUCCUUCCACGUCAGAGCGCAAAGAUCUGGUGUCAACAGCAAGGGUUACCCUGUUAGCCAAUCUAUCAACACCAGAUAAGAUGAAGAGCUUUGAACAAGGCCUCAAGAAAUUCUCAUCCAAGUUGUAG